GUCAUAGUUUGUGCCCAGCUUUGCAUCAAGAUUUACCUUAAAUGUUGGAAAAUAGCGUAACAAUACGAUGAUAUUAUUCAUGCGUCGAGCUAACAGGGGCUAAUGCUACGGCUAACCAGCUUUUUCUACAUUAGCGCCGACUUUCUUACGCCUCAUUCACCGAGUUUGUGUUCAUUGAAAGGUAAAGUCGAGCGUCGGUUCCUUCUUCCUGAACAGUUACAGACCGUUGGUCGGGCGCCGGGCGUGACAUCACACGAGAAGAUCUCAACGCUGAUUGGCUUUCUGACGUCGCGUUGCUAUGACGUAUCAAAGGCUCAAAGCACUAAAGCCAGCAUAGAGUAUAAAAUGUGCCGUUUGCCUGGAAGUAAGUAGCAGAGGAGGUAGCAGAGGAGGAGAAGCAAAGAGAUUGUGUUGAUGAACCAGAACCAACACAGAGUAUAAAGGGUGCUGUGUGACUGGAAAUAGCUAAGGAGAAGAAGCAAAGAGAUUGUGUUGUUAAACCAGAACUUUUCCAGCCAUGGAUUCCAGCUGUAAUCCUAAAAUCCUUAUCACCAAUGUGGUGGCAACCUUCAAGACCAAGUGUCCCCUCAACAUGCACUUCAUCGCUUCAAAGGGACACAACGUCAUCUUUCAGCAACAAAGAGGGAAAGUCAUGAUGAAGCUUCGAAAGCCCAUGAUUACAGCAACCAUUUCGCCCUCAGGAGGUAUCGCCUGUGCUGGAGCAAAGAGUGAGGCUGGUGCAAAGAUGGGCGCUCGCAGAAUUGCACGCUAUCUCCAAAAACUGGGCUACAAAGUGAAGUUUUCACACUUCAGAGUUGUGAAUGUGCUUGCCGUUUACAGUUUUCCUUUUCACAUCUGCCUCAAACGCCUUGUGACAGAAAAUAAACUCUCUGUGACGUACGAACCGGAGCUCUUUCCUGCAGCUGCCACAUACAGAGUCACAAAUCCCAAAGCAACUCUCCAAGUUUACUUUACUGGUAAGAUCAUAGUUGCGGGACCAAAUGUGCGGGAUGUGACCACAGGGUUUAAGCAAGGUUACCCUCUUCUGUUGAAGUAUAAGAAGAACAGUGUUGAACAGAAGAAGAUGAUGACGAAGCCUGACACUAAAACAAGAAAGAGGACUGAUGACAUCCAUACAGUUUCAGACACAGAAAUACAAGGAGAGCAAGCAGAGAAAAGAAGGUGGUUGUUGAUGCAGUAUAAUGGAAACCAACCAGGCCAACAUUUUCUAGUAAGGAUAGGCGGAAAGAUUUUCAGUGUGCCGAGAUGGUUGCUGGACCGCUGGGGCUGGAGAGUGAUGCAGCCGAAUGAGUGAGACAGAAGACAACAUGAAGUGUACAUUUUCAAACAUACUGUCUAUGUGGGCUGUACAUGCAAAGAGAGUUUUAUUGUUACUGAAUAAAAUACAAAUGAGAAGAGUGA